GCGGAGCCCUGCAAUCCGGGUCGGCUCUGAGUCACCCGCCGGAAGCCUCGCCCGAGAUCUCAGCGGCCGGGAAGCGCGCAGCCGGCCAGAGGAGCAGCCGCAGCAGGAGCAGGAACGGCCCAGGUUCCACUUUGGUUGAAGUCCAGCCCUCUCAAAGGCUUAAUAGACACCUGAGGUUGGGGCACCGAGAGCCAGCGGGGGGAAAGAAUCAUUCGGUUCUCCUGUUCCAGCUCCUGCCUCUUCACCGCUGUGACCUGGGACCCGCCCCGGAGGUGCUUUUGCGACCUUUCCUGAUGGAUGAUCUCUGUGAAGCCAAUGGCAGUUUUGCCAUCAACUUAUUAAAAAUGUUGGGUAAAGAGGACAGCUCACGAAAUGUGUUCUGCUCCCCGCUGAGCAUCUCGUCUGCCCUGGCCAUGGUCUUCAUGGGGGCCAAAGGAAACACUGCCACCCAGAUGUCCCAGGCUCUUUGUUUGAACGGAAGUGGAGAUGUUCACCAAAGUUUCCAGGCACUUCUCACGGAGGUGAACAAAUCUGGCACUCAGUACGUGCUCAAAACUGCCAACAGACUGUUUGGAGAGAAGACGUGUGACUUCUUUCCAGCCUUUAGGGAGUCCUGCGAGAAGUUCUACCAGGCACAACUGGAGGAGUUGUCCUUCGCAGAGGACACCGAAGAAUGCAGGAGACACAUAAACGACUGGGUGACAGAAAAGACCGAAGGUAAGAUUUCAGAGAUACUGGCUCCUGGGACAGUUGACCGACUGACGAAGCUGGUUCUCGUGAAUGCCAUCUAUUUCAAAGGAAAGUGGAACGAGCAGUUUGACAGAAAGCUCACAAGGGGAAUGCCCUUUAAAACCAACCAGGAGAAAAAGACCGUGCAGAUGAUGUUUAAGCAAGCUAAAUUUAGAAUGGGCUAUGUGGACGAGGUGCCCAUGCAGGUCCUGGAGCUGCCCUACGCGGGGAAGGAGAUGUGCCUGGUCGUUCUGCUGCCAGAUGACAACACCGAUCUCGCCGUGGUGGAAGAAACACUUACAUACGAGAAGUUCACAGCCUGGACAAAUCCAGAAAAGAUGACUGAGGAAAAAGUUCAGGUUUUCCUUCCCCGAUUGAAGCUGGCAGAGAGUUACGACUUGGAGUCUUUUCUUCGAGGUUUAGGUAUGACCGAUGCGUUUGAGGAAGCCAAGGCAGACUUUUCGGGAAUGUCAGCAAAGAAGAAUGUGCCUGUGUCCAAGGUCGCGCACAAGUGCUUCGUAGAGGUCAAUGAGGAGGGCACAGAGGCGGCCGCGGCCACGGCCGUGGUCAGGAAUGCCCGGUGCUGCAGAAUCGAACCAAGAUUUUGUGCAGACCACCCUUUCCUUUUCUUCAUCAUGCACCACGGCACCAACAGCAUCUUGUUCUGCGGCCGCUUCUCUUCUCCGUAAGGAGGGGCGGUUCCCGUGUGCACACUUCUUCCCUUCUGCCCACCUGGCUUUAACGCAGAUUCCUUGUGACCCAAUUGGUAAGGUGCUUUGAAUGCCAAAAUAAAGUGCGUGCACCCGGGAAGUGUGUGAACGUUCUUACCGAAUAUUCCCCAGGCACUGGGAAAACUGAGGCAUCAGGUGUGUGACAUUUGGGGAUGAGAAGGCCAUGCUUAUUCUGGAGGGUUCGGGGAGCUCCUCUGCCUCAGUGACUCUGCCCACAUCUGCUUAUCGGAGGAUGGCCUGCUCCUCUCAGUCUGCUCUCGCUGUUUGUGGGUGUUAAGGAUUCCCAAACCAGCCCUCCGUACGCUUUCCCGUCCUUCAGUGACCUCGAAGCUCUGCCCACCUUCGCUGCCGGGCCACGUGGAGAUGCCAGGGCCCAGCCCCGCUGCACACACAGCCAGGGACCAACACCACAGAGGAAACCCUGCAGCCAGCCAGUCUCAGAUAAGCAGCCGAGAUGAAGUGUCUCUCCCCCAAUGUCGCACGGACCGCCCUGCGUAUCUCACGUCUCACACAGUCCCUCACGAAGGCAACACCUUCAGAUCUUCUUGCCAUAACCCUUCAGGCCUGAGCUUGGAGGCAGAGCUCUGACUGUGCCGUGUGGUCCUCUCCGUUCUGAAGCACCAUCCCCGCCUCUCCCUGCCCCGCAGGGACCUUCGCAGGAAGCACCUGCCAGGAGCAGAGUCCCUCUAGUUCAUCACCUGUGCUCACAUGUGUCUCCAGCCCAUCUAGCUUACAAACGGGCCUCCCUGCAGUAUUCUUUUGACUCAAAAAAUAAAUUUGUAUUAUGGUAGCAAUUUGGAAGCUGUUGAAAAGUCCCAAAGAAAACUGGAGUCACCCAUAAUCAGCACUGUUAAAUCAGCACUGUUAAAUCACGAUGAGUGACAUAUAUCCUUCCCUAUUCUGUGUAUGCGAAUGCAAGUUUAGAAACGUGUUAGCACAAGUUAAUCAUAUACUUUGGUAGCUGUUCCUACCCUUACUUGGUAUAAACUUUCCUCAAGAUAAUUAUGUCAUCAAUUUCAUGUGUCCUAUUCUAAGGCUCUAUUUUCUUCUAUUGGAUCUGCUUUUAGACAAUUUAGAUAACCAAAAUGAUUUAUGUUGUAUACCGUACUCUUAUGUGAACAUACUAAAUAUUCGCUCACAUCCUUCAUAUUUUAAAAGAAAUGUUCCUAAAAAGUACUGUCAAGAUAAAAGUUGGGCACAUCUUGAGACUUCUUCCAAAUUAGUCUCCAGAAUGCCGUAAGGAUUUAUAACCCCCCGUUCAUUACCAUUUACACUACCACUAGCUGUGGAUGGCCAUUUUCUCUUCCUUUUUUUUUUAAUGAUUGGUUAUUCCUGACUUCUGUUUUGGAUUCACAGUUCACAGUUACUGUAAUAUGAACCAUCCAUAUUAUAGUUCUACUUAACGAUUCAUCAAGCUAGAAUACGUUCUCUGUUAGGUCACAUUCAUUUUAGGGGCUAUACUUUCCAAAGAAGACUUGGUCGAAAGUUAAUCCACGGGACUAGAAGGCCUGCAUCUUUUAGUUUUAAUCUCAUUUCCACCUCUAAUUUAAAAGAAUCUGCAAUCUUUAUUGAGGUACAAUUUACACAGAAAAAACUUUACAUAUUUACAAUGUACAGGUUGAUAGGUUUUGACACAUGUAGGUACACAUGAAACCGAACCAGUGAACAAAUGGCCAGGUACCAGGCCAGGGGAGGCCUGUCGGGCAGUCCUCUAAGGUCUCCACACUGACAGUCCCUAUGACUGGGCCAGGAGGUGACUUAGGGAGACUCGCCAACUUUUACCCAGACCUCCUUGCUUUCCAAAUAAAGCAGAGUAGGGGUCAGGUUGAGAUCCUUCUGUCCCCAGAGGGGACAGAAGCAGGAUGUCAAGGUCAGAGGUCAGUGGCCUCAAAUCUCUGGGCAGGGGUUAGCUUGGGAGUUCUCUCUAGUAAAGUGGAAAUGUUCUAUACAGCUGAUGUUCCAUAUAGCUGAAACCCGGCCCAGAUGGGGUCUCAAAACUGCAAAGGUCCUCGGAGGGCCCCUCUGUGUCCCAAGCAUAACACCCAGGAACUAACAUGAAAAGUGAUGAUGAGAACAGGAUCCAACUCCAUAGAGUUGUUGAGAGAACUUACUGGGCAUGUAAAGAGGUUGGAACCACGCCUGGCAUAGUAUACUGGACACAGCAUAUAAUUGGUGACUCAUUAUUAGACAAGUCUCACUUGCAUUUUUGUGCAUCUAAAAAGCAAUAAUGAGAAAUGUAGUUAAUUUUGCACUAAAAAAUAUAGUGUUCUCAGUAAUAAUAAUUAAUUCGAGAUAAGUAAGGCUGUUACAAUGAAAAUUAAGAAAUGCUAGAGAGGGGCGCCUGAGUGGCUCAGUCAGUUGAGCAUCUGACUUCGGCUCCGGUCAUGAUAUUGCUGUCGGUGAGUUCGAGCCCCGUGUCAGGUUCUGUGCUGACAGCUCAGAGUCUGGAGCCUGCUUCCCUCUCUCUCUGCCCCUCCCAUGCUCGUGCUCUCUUUUCUCUCUCUCUCUCUCUUUCUCUCUCUCUCAAAAAUAAAUAAAUAUUUUAAAAAAUGCUAUAGAAAGUCAUCAGAGAUGACCAAAAGAAAUGGAGAGAUUUCGUACCAUGAAUAGAAAGACCUUGAGUUGAAAAGUCAUCAGUUUUCCCUCACUUGUCCUGUGGAUGUAAUGUGAUUCUAAUCCAAAUUCCAGCAGUGUUUUCUGUGGAACUUGACGAGUACAUUGAAAGAUUUAUAUGAAUAAGCAAAGGGCCAAAAAUACCCAGCACCCUCCUGCAGAAAAAGAUCAAGUUGCAGAGCACCGCUGUACCAGAUAUUGUAGCUUAUGAUAAAGUUUUAAUAAUUCAGUGUGGUGUUUACACAGGGAUAGACAAACAGAUUAAAGGUACAGAAUAGAGCUCAAAAGCAUAUUCACAUAUGAAAAUGGAAAUGGGAUAGAACUGGCAUUAGAGGGCAAUAGGGAAAUGCCAACCCAAGAUAAUGUGCUGGGACAACUUCCUUAUAUAAAAGAAAACAAAAUUGAUUACUGAGCGAUUAAAUACCAAAAUAUGAAAACCAAAUUUUGUAAGCUUUUCAAGAAAAUACAGCAGAGUAUUUUAUGACUCUCAGGAAGGGAUAGAUUUCUUAAACAAUACACAAAAGCAAUAAUUAAGGCAAACAACUGACAAAAUCAGCUACAUUAAAACAUGUACUUUAGGGGCACCGGGGUGGUUCAAUCGGUUAAGCAUCCGACUCUUGAUCUAAGUUGAGGUCUUGAUCUCACGGUCGUGGGUUCAAGCCCCUCACUGGGUUCCACUAGGUGUGAAGCCUACUUAAAAAAAUGUACUUUAAAAUACAUCGUAAAGAUUAUAAAAACAUAGGCUCAAACCAGGAGAUGAUAGUGUAACACAUUUAAAAGAUAUUAAAAGCGAAAUAUCCAAAACCAAAAUACUUUCAUGAAAGAAUCUAAGAAAAUGGUAAGCCAAUGGAAAAAUGGGUAAAGACUUGAAGAGCUAAGUCACAAAGGAGAAAACAGAAAAGGUCAAUAAACAUAUGAAAAGAUGCUCAAUGUCAUUAAUGAAAGCAAAUUAAAAUAGGAAUUAGAGGUCAGAGGGAGGUGGGGCCAUGGAGGAAAGGCAGAGACAUGCAAUGUUUUUGGUUUUGAAGAUGGAGGAAAGGGGACCGAGCCAAAGAAUGUAGAUGGAGAAGCUGAAGAAGACAGGGAAAUGGAUUCUGCCCUAGAGCCUCCAGAGAGGAGCAUAGCCCCACGGGUACCCUGGUUCUAGCCCACUGAGACCUACCUGCCUUGGACUUCCGACCAGCGGAACUGUGACAUAGUGAAUUCGUGUUUCAGAUCUUGCAGUUUGUAAUAAUUUAUCACAGUAUCAGCAAGAAAUCAAUAAAGUAUUCAGUACUGUUGCUUUUCUUUUGCAAAUGACAGAAACACAUUUCUGUCUAACUUAAGAAAAAAGUAAUUUAUUAUCCCAUAUCAAGCUUAGAAAAGUACCUGAGGAAUAACUAGGACCAUGGACUCCAUUGGCUUAGGCUCACUCCCCAUCUCUGGCUUUGUUGUUUCUCUUAAGUGUCAGCUUCCUUUUCUUUCCCCACGGAACUCGAGGUGGAUAUCCACCCCUCUAACCAUCAACCAUCGUCUUGGAUUGGCCAUUUUGUAACUUACUUACCCUAGAACGAACAACAAGGCCAAAGGGGCUAGGAUGUACCGACAUCCUGCCUCCCUGGGAAACCAUAGGGAUGAACCAGAGAAAAGUUUUUAUAAUAUGAAGCUUGGAAGAUCAUCAAGUGUCUGUAUCCUACUCAACCUGUUUUGGCCUUGAUUGAGCUUCCAUCCAUCAGUCAGAGAUAAACACAACCAGAAAAGAUUAACUAAAAAGAACAUUGAUCCAGUUAUUUAAAAGCAUUUGGACCAGGAUGCCUGGGUGGCUCAGUCGGUUAAGGAUCCAACUUCUGCUCUGGUCAUAAUCUUACAGUUCAUGGAUUCGAGCCCAGCAUCGGGCUCUGGGCUGACAGCUCAGAGCCUGGAACCUGCUUCUGAUUCCGUGUCUCCUUCUCUCUCUGCCCCUCCCCUGCUUACUCUCUGUCUCUGUCUCUCUCAAAAAUAAAUAAACAUUAAAAAAUUAGAAAAAAAAUUAAAGCAUUUGGACCAACAACAUUAUCACGAGCAAAGUUCACCUACCGUAUUGGUUUUCUGUUGCUGCCUUGACAGAUGACCCCAGAUUCAGAGGCUCACGCAACGUGGAUUUGUUAUUUCGCAGUUUGGUAGGUCAGUAGACUUGACUUGCCUGCCCCAGUCUUACCAGGUUAAAGUCAGAGUGCCGGCAGGACUACCCAGCUCCUUUCUGAGGCUCUAAAGUAGAAUACACUUCAGGGACAUUCAGGUUACUGAGCACAACACUGAGCUCUUUGUGGAACCAAGUUCGUGUUUCCUUGUUAGCGGUCAGUGGGACAUUUCCCAGCUUCUUGGCCUCCUGCUUCUUCCAUUUUCCAAGCCAGCAAUGGCAGUCCAGUCCAUCUUAUGCUUUUGUAGGGGAGGAAAUCUUUACCUCUACCCAUCUUGGGUUUUCACCGAGACCCUUUAACACGAAGACAAAUUAGCAAGAGGAAAACAGUUUACUACUGCAUGCAUUUGUAUAGACUAUGAUCAGAUAUCCCACUCCUAGUUUACCACUAGAGCAGCUGUAUGUUUGAGAGACAUGUAAAAUAAUGCUCAUAGCAAUAUUGUUCCUCAUGGCAAGAAAAAAUGUUGAAAAAAAACCUGUAGGAAAAAUGCUGACUUAUUAAAAUGAAUAAAUUCUGUUGUAGGCAGUUAGCAGAAUCAGGGUCAUAACCUUGCUGAGCUCUGGGGCGCUAUUCACAUUGUUAGCACCUUUCAUAUAGAUCAUCGUGGAGUGGUAUCUUCUGGAAGUUGUACAAAUUUGUAUGGAAUACCACAUAUUGGGGAAAGUGAAUUAAUCCUAGCUAUCAGCAUAAAACAUAAUGUAGAACAAAAAUAGCAAGAGUCAAUUACAUUUGCACCAAGUUAAACAGUAAGCAAACUGAUCAUUAUGCUGUGAAGGAUGUAUACGUGUAGUAAAGCUAUAAGAAAAAUACAGGAAUUAUUAAUGCAAAAUACAAGCUACUAUUAAAUCCAGGGCAGGAAAAGAAUGUGAUCAGCUAGGCCAACAGGAAGCUUCAGAGUUAUUCAUGAUAGUUUCUUAAGCUGGGUAGUGGAUAUUUGAUGUUUAUUAAAUUUACUAUUAAUCUUUAAAAAUAUACAUUUAAAUAUACCCAUUGGUAUAUCCAUUGUGUUAUAUGCCUGAUACAUUUCACAAUAAAAAGAAAUUUGACACAAGAAUGGAGAAAUCAUGGUAUAGUAUGGUGUGAUAAGAACUACAAUAAGCUGAGAAAAAUAAGACCAAAUACUGUUAAAUUUAAUAAUCGCAAUAAAUGUAACUUC